AUGGCCCCCUCCCAUCGCAAUAAUGUCCCCCGACCUCUACAGACCACCUCACACGAAUCGACCGGUCUUCGACAACGACUGGUCGAUUUGUUGCACUGUUUUCGUAAGGAAAAUGCACACAAAUUCGCGACAAAAAUGAUGUUUUUGAUCUUAUUCUUGGUGAACAACAUCAUUUUGACGUGCCUAUUCGUGUGGAUCAACUUGAAAUACACGGAACAGAUCAGCCACGAGGUAUCUGAAUCGUGUCUGGGGACUUUUGAGUAUCCUUACCAAAUGACAUAUCGUGAGUUUGGUUAUAUUGUUUUAGGUUUUAGGCUUAAGUUUGUGUCUAAAAUGGCAUUUUUGGUCGAAAAUGGAUUUUUUAAUGAAAUUUAGGGCCAAAGAUGAAAUUCUGUGAACUUUUAGAUCAAAAAAUGAAAUUCUAAGAACUUUUGGACCAAAAAUAAACUCUAAGAACUCAUGAACCAAAAAAAUUAAAAUUUUACGAAAUUUUUUGAAAUUUCAAUUUUUCAGAUUCCGCCGUAGCCUAUUUCUCAUUACUAUCACUACUAAUAAUCGCAUUAAUAAUGUUCAUGCAAUUAAAGCAGUUCAAAAUACCCUCCCAAAUAUAUUUUAUCAUCUCACUGUAAGUUCAUCUUGACGUUUUUCAAAAAUAAUGUCAAAAAGAAGAUAAACACUACAUUUUGUACAAAAAAUACCAAAAGGGUCAAUUUUUUACCAAUCAGAUCAAUCUUGACCUCUUUAACCAAGUUAAACAAAAAUUUUUUAAAAUUGUUACCUAAUUUAUAAAAAUUUCUACCUAAUUUACUAAAUUUGUUACCUAAUUUUCGAAACUUGUUACCUAAAUUAACAUUACCAAUAUCUCCAGCCUAUCAGCCGCAACAUUCCUCUUCAGUGCUGGCCUCGUCCUGGUCGCAGCAUUUGGAAUACUGUUCGAGGAUGAACAAUGUAAAGCAUCCGACCGGCUGUCAAUAACCAAGAUUCGGUUCGUCUUCGAAACAACCGCCGCAUUUAUGACAUCUCUGCUGUUUUUGGGUUCGGGAGUAUCGUUAAAUGCCAAAAGUAGAUAUGGAGUGUCGCCGGAAGUGCCGGCUACACCAAUUUAUCAGAUACAUCCGCCCAGCUUCAGCACGCUAUACCCUCCACCCCCGCCCACCUAUCAACAAAGCCAACGUGAACAUCGACGCAAUUUGAGUCAAGGAGCGGCUUGA